AUGGCAGAAGAUUUAACAACCAAACUGCAAGAGGUUGCAACAGCUGUAAGAAAUUUAUCCAUCAAGCAGUCCAGUGAUGUCUCCAUUUCGAAACUGACAAACCAAUUUGGCUUUGUUAAAUUUGAUGAAAAUGAAUUAGAUGAAAAUACACGACUAUCACAGUAUAUUCGAUUAGCACUUCGAACAAAACCCAAUGAUGUUGUACGAUUUAUGAGAACUGGAUGGAAUUUGAAUGUACCCGAUUUAAUUAUCACCGUGUCGGGUGGUGCCAAAACAUUAAAAAUGUCGGCAAGAUUGAGAAAAGCUUUUCAGCAAGGCCUCGUCUCGGCAGCUGUCACAACAAAUGCUUGGAUUAUAACGGCUGGAACGAAUGCUGGCGUAGUGAGAGAAGUUGGAGAAGCAUUAAAUAAUUAUCGAUAUAGAAAUAAAAAACAGGGUUUAGAUGUACCUUGUAUCGGUAUAUGCAGUUGGGGUUAUACCGCUGGAAAAGAACAGUUCGAUCGUACAUUACAGCUGAAUGGUUCAUCGGGAAAAUUUAACAUUGACAAAGUUCAUGUGGAGGUAGGCGAUGACAAUGGUAUUAGAUCCUACGCAGUUAAACGUCGAGAAGAGAAACGAUGUGAUCUCGAACCAAAUCAUACACACUUUCUUUUGUUUGAUGACGGCGAUGUGAGUGCCGAUAAUGUGUUGGGUCUUCGGGCAGAUAUCGAAACACAAUCGCGGCAUAUCGAAAUUGGAAAUGAGAAAACAAAAGAAAUUCAACAAUCAGCAGAAGAAUUUGGAAUAGUGCCCAUAGUGAUGGUAUUAGUAGAAGGAGGACCAUCAUCAAUUAAAACUGUGUGCAAAGCACUAGAAAGUGGAACGCCGCUCGUCGUGAUCAAAGUAGAUGAACUAUUAAUCUCUAAAUUGAUAAUUAAUGAAUAUAUGAUGCUUUCAUUGGAGGAAUCUGGACGAGCAGCCGAUCUCAUAGCAGAUUUACAUUCAGUAUUAAUGGAUAACAGUAUUCCUGAAGGUAAACGACCUAAAACAUCCGCAGGAAAAGUAAAUAACAAAAAUGAUGAAAUAAACCACAUACUAACCAGGGCUUGUCAGGAUAAUACGUGGAUCGACGAAGUCAAAGAUCAUUUAUGUCGGGUGUUAUGUGAACGAAAAAUGUUAGUGACAAUUUUUAAAUUCGAUAGUAAAAAACACCAUGAGAAUCUGGAAGAUGCUAUACUGGAAGCUUUAUUUAACGCUGCAAAGUUUUCUGGUGAGAAAUGUGAACAACAUCAACGAGUUGCUGAACUAAAAUUAGCCAUGGAAGACGAUCUGCAGAAUUCAUUGAUGGAUGCACUGAGAAGAGGUCACGUCAAUUUUGUUGAGUUACUCUGUGAAUUUGGUGCAUCAUUAGAACGUAUAACCAGUAAAAAUUUAGAUCAACUAUAUGCAUUAGCCGUUACUAAGGUUUGCGAUUUAAUACGAACAACGCAUAAUCAUACGAUUGUUCCUUUACUUGGCGCAAAAAUAUAUCGUUUAGCAGCCAAAUCGACAUUAGAUACGGAAAAACAAGCAGUAUAUGAAGAUUAUGCAAAACAAUUUGACAACUAUAGUAAUGGUCUGAUUGAUAAAUGUUUUGAUAAUGAUGAACAUUUUUCUGUUGAUAUUGUUAAACGACGAGCAGUGGCUCUGUUUAAUUGUGAUCCGUUAAGAUUAGCUCAAGAUGCUAAUUGUCGAUCAUUUCUUGCAUCAAGAUGUGUACAAAAAUAUUUAGAUAACAAAUGGUACGGUAACAUUAAUUAUAAACGAACAUACAUUAAUUUUAGGAUUUUUCUUGUCUCAAUAUUUUUACCUUUACUACUAUUUUUCUGCGUAUUUUUGCCAUAUGUUCAGAAACAUAAAAAGGUUUUAAAAGAUCCAAAACAACGACCGAAUACUGUUCGAACCGUAGCAAAGUAACUCAUUACGUAACUUAAGAGGAGAUGGGGUUCCCCUAAACAUAUCCUCAAACUUGGCUUAUUUGUAGAGUACACCUUCAAUGGUAUGCCUGCAGAAUAAAAUGAAAUUUGGUCAAGUAUUGACAGUGUUAUUAAUUAAUCAAGUUUAAAUUUUAAUUAAACUUUGAAUUGACACUCUCCCUUUUGAAAAGCUUGAAGUUCGAUCAAAAAUAAUCGUAGAAGCGUCGUUCUUGCGUAUCUUGAGAGCCAAUGAUCUACGGUUAUAGUUUCAUAAAAAAAUUUUAAAUUACUUUUUUAAGGUGUGAAUUAAUAGAUGCUAAUCAAUGCAUUAUCAACAUGUUUAUUGCCGUAUCUAUUAUAUCAUCACUUGAAUAAUUUUAAUAUCAAGUGUUUAUUUGAAGAAAUGGAGCAAAAACGCAAUACAUUUAAACAUAGAUUCAAAGUGCUAAUUAAUUCAAGUCGCUCUUCUGAUAACUUUUGAUCAACAAUAGUUAGAGAGUUACAGUUUUCAGCAUUCGAUGGUCAAGAUAUCACUCAAUCUUUAUGUAGCAAACAAGGUUUUCAAAACUUCAUGAAAAAAACCUCAUUUUCUAGGGAUCUCUGAAAAACCGAGGCCUAACUCUGAAACUCGCAGCUAAAUAAAUUGAUUCCUUUCCAUAGGUAGAUAGCCCAAUAUGUUUUACAGAAUGGGUGUUAUGCGCGAUCUUCACUUCAGUGGUUCAUGUGAAGCGGUUAAUAAACCGCUUAGACGUCCAAUAUAUCUAAAAAUCGGUUAAAAUAGCUGCUAAUUAGUAAAUGUUUGAGAAAGCAAGUACAGGGCUUUGUAGCGCUUG